CGCAAGAAGAAGAAAACAAAACACAUAAUAAAAACUAGGUCUAACAAAAGAACGAAGAUCAUCAGCAAAUAAAGAUUCCUGAAUCCUCUGUUUUUUACUUAAUGAAACAUAACUGCACAAACUGGUACUCAUUGUUCACCAUGGCUAUUGUUCUUCUUCCUCUGUUUCAUCUCUUGAUGGCAAAACACUCUGCUUCUCACUUCGUUUCCGUAAAUAUCACUUCUUUCGAGUGACCUAAAACCACUCCCACGAUUCCUUUUUUAGCCUCUCUUUUUUCUUCUUCGUUUCGUCCCUGUGUUUUUUCUUUUCGCAACUGGAAUCAUCUUUUGAUGGAUUCAGUUAAGUUUCAACACUUGAAGAUGGAGAAAUCUAGAGGAAUCUUGAAUUUUCAAGCAAUAAGAUCGUUCACGAGCUUGUUCAGAGUGAUUGAGUUGCUUUUUCUUCUGAUCUUGAUCUCCAAACUCUCUUUCCCUUCUGUGAAAAUCUCCGGUGACAUUUUCAAGGGAGCAGCAGUGUUUCUCGUUAGCCCUAGAUUCGUUUUCUUCGUCGGGAACGCAAUUGUAAUUACUCUUUUCGCGAAAUCCGGACGAUACAGCUCCUCUAGUCACGAGCCUUUAAAGACGACAACGGAAGCUGCAACUGCAAGCAACGAUCUUUACCAAGAGUUUGUUCACAAGAGUGAGAAGAAGAGAUCCGAAGUUUACGAGACGAAAACAGAACAGCUAAAGAAGCCGAGUGGAGUGAAAAGGGUUACUUUCGAGAGAAGCCAAUCGCAUAAAGCGUUUGAGGCGGUUCAGCCGCUGGAGAGUACCAAUGGUGGGAGAGUCAUGAAGAGGUAUGUGUCGGAGAAGAAUCUAAGGAUUUGUGACUCCGACAAGAAAGUAGUGGUGAGGGUUAAGAAACCAGAAGAUGGAAUGAGCAACGAGCAAUUUAGGACAAAGAUUGAAGCUUUCAUCGCGAGACAAAAGAGGAUUCAAAAGGAUGAAGAACACUUGAUAAUCUAGUUCCUCUUUGUUAGUCAAUGUUUGUUUCUUUUUUUUUUUCGUUUUCGUUUUCCCUUUCGGUUAUAAACCUAAAUCCUCUGUUUCGUAAUGUUGUUACUUUGGCUUAGAAAAUCUCUUUAUCUAAUUAACCCUUGUAAUCCUUUAAGGAUGUUUAAGUAAAUACAACAAUUGGUAUUGGAUGUUACUUUUGCA